AUGCCGUCUAAAGUCGCCAUCAUCACAGGCUCAGAAUCGGGUAUUGGCAAGGCCUGCGCUCUCGUUCUGGCAAGGAAAGGAUGGGACGUUGGCGUGUGCUGGUAUCUUUCCCAGUCUGCCGGUCAGUCUGUCGCCUCAGACAUCCAAGCUCUCGGGCAGCACGCAGAGCUGCGAUAUCUCGACCUCACGGAUCUACCAAACGCAGGAGAGGUGCUUGAUGACUUCGUCAAAGCGUUUGGGAAGAUAGACGCGCUAGUGAACUGCGCGGGUAUCGGAGCGCGGGGGACAGUGCUGGACAUGCCCUGGGAAACCUGGCGGCGCGUCCUCUCAAUCAAUCUUGACGGCCCAUUCAUCCUCUCUCAGCACGCGGCCCGCGCUAUGGUAUCUCAAGGAGAGGGCGGCGUGAUCGUGAACAUUACAAGCGUGCACGAGCACUCCCCCACGGUGGCCGCUACGGCAUACGUACCGAGCAAACAUGGCCUCGGCGGCUUGACGAAGGCGAUGGCCAUGGACCUGGCGCAAUAUGGCAUUCGCGUGUGUGCAGUCGCGCCAGGAUACAUUGCUACGCCUAUGACGGCGUUGGAUGGAGUGGAUGUGAAGACGAAGAAAAGAAGCAAACUACCAAUUGCAAGACCAGGUGCGCCCGAGGAAGUCGCUAAUCUGGUGGCUUGGCUUUGCUCGGACGAAGCAAGCUAUGUUACGGGCACGAGCUUCCCGGUUGACGGGGGUUUUCUUAUAUGCAACCCGCAGUUCCCGCCUCCGGGGUUGAAGGUGGACGGGUAG